AUGUCGCCGAGCUCGAACGGCUACAACGUGAGGCUGUUCCCUCAUCGAAUGAGAAUGCUACGGCUGAGGAUGCGGCGCCACAGGAGACAACCAGCGCCAAACGUGGAUGCCACCGUGAAUAUCCCAGUUGUGGGUGAUUCAAACGAUGAUGGAACAGUCGCCCAGGAACUAGAGCAAAUGAGGAGUACAUUGGAAGAGGCGAUUUUGGAAACGCGCAGCACGCCUCUCGAAAAUCGACGGCGACUUCCCCGCAUACCCCUAAGCAAGCGAAAUCGGGCUGUCGUGAGGGCUCUGAACCCAAUGCUGGUGACCUAUUUGGAAGCCAGCCGGGACCUAUGCGAGACGGACUCAAUUCUUUUUGGCGCCGCAGUGGCACUCUGCCGUAUCAUAGGCGCCAAGGUUUCACACGGCUGGACGCGCUACUGGCCAUAG